ACACAAGUUCAUUCUUACGUCUAAUACCCGACAAUCUUUAAUAUAUAUACCGAGUGGUCGUAAAACGUUUUACGUAAAAUGGCGCCUACUUCGUUUAGCACGAAUAUGAGUGAAUUGAACGAGGAACCGAUUUCUCGGACGUACCAAUACAGAAAAGUGAUGAAACCGAUGUUAGAAAGAAAAAGAAGAGCCAGGAUAAACAGGUGUUUGGACGAAUUGAAGGAACUGAUGGUGACGGCUCUACAAAACGAAGGCGAAAACGUAUCGAAAUUGGAAAAAGCCGAUAUAUUAGAAUUGACGGUUCGCCAUUUGCAUAAUUUGAAAAGUCAUCAUCAAUUGGUUUUGUCUCCGGAACAAUCGUACGCGGAUCGAUUUCGCGCGGGAUUUACGCAAUGCGCUCAAGAGGUGACGCAUUUUAUAACGAAUCCAUCGGACGUCGUGGAUCCCGAUGCCGGUAGGAAACUUCUGCAGCAUCUCGGCGCUUGUGUACGUCAAUUGGAUUACGUGUCGCACAAUUUCAACGUUCACUACACGCAGAAAAAUAAUUUGGUUUCCGUAUCGUCGAAUACGAAGACAAAAGGUAAUUCGGCGCCUAUGUGGAGACCGUGGUGAAGGAAAAACUAUUUUUUUUUAUAUAUUUAGUGAAGUUUGUGAUUUUUUUUUUAAUAAUAGUUCGUUGUAAAGGUAACUAUUGAAUAUUUUAUUUGAAAUUACUAACAUUUUCGAUAGUUUUUUUUUAAUAUUAUCAGUGCAAUGUUUUUAAUAAAUUUUAUUUAUUUAUAAACUGAAAUAUGUUGGUAGUUUUUAAUAAAAAUUGUCUUCCGUAGCUUUAAUACUGUGAUAAUACGAUAAAAAUAUAAUUGAAUUUUUAAUUGAUUUUUUCGUUUCGAUAUUUGCAAUAAAAAUAAUGGAAAGUGUCGUUUUGUAUCGAUUUGGCACUAAUAAAAUGUUUUUUUUUUAUAAAUAAACUAUUU